CGAAUGGACUUCAGAUUGGCAGCACUUACCUACGGAGAGGAAGAGAAAGUAGCACGUUGAUGGAGUAUUUUCGGUAAAACGUUAGUUGCGAAAUUUAUUUACAAAUACAAACCUCGUAUUUGAAGCUGUCUUCCUUGUGUAUGUCGUUUGCAUAGCUACGACUAGCUUGCUGUUUUGGUAGCAGCAUUAUCAGUUGCCAAUAACAAGUCACUAGCUAGAUAGCAGCUUGCUAGCAAUGAACGACACUGUGGCCCUUCUGCAGAAAUUCAAUGCGCAUCCAGAUUCCCGCUGUUGGUAUGUGGCAUGGAACCCCAAAGGCACAUUGCUGGCAUCAUGCGGUGGUGACCGAGCCAUUCGGAUAUGGGGAAGGGAAGGUGACUCUUGGGAAUGCAAGACCUUGCUCCAGGAUGGACACCAGAGAACUGUCAGAAAGGUGGCAUGGUCCCCAUGUGGGAACUACCUGGCCUCGGCCAGCUUUGAUGCCACAACCUGCAUCUGGAAAAAGAAGAAUGAUGAUUUUGAGUGCUUGACUGUGUUGGAAGGACAUGAGAAUGAGGUCAAAUGUGUGGCCUGGGCCCCAUCUGGUAACUUGCUGGCCACAUGUAGUAGAGACAAGAGCGUCUGGAUCUGGGAAGUGGAUGAGGAGAAUGAGAAUGAGUAUGAGUGUGUGAGUGUGGUAAACUCUCAUACACAGGAUGUCAAGCAUGUUGUCUGGCACCCAACACAGGAGCUCCUCGCCUCAUGUAGCUACGACAACAAUGUGUGUGUCUAUAAAGAAGAGGAUGAUGACUGGGAGUGCAGGGCGACCCUGGAAGGACACACCUCCACUGUCUGGGGUUUAACCUUUGACCCAAGUGGCCAGCGACUGGCCUCCUGCAGUGAUGACUGUACUGUGAAGAUCUGGAAAGAAUGUCAGCCAGAAGGUGGGCAGGAAGCCACUGUCGCGGCUUGGAAAUGUGUUUGUACCCUUUCAGGGUUUCAUGGACGGACAGUGUAUGAUAUUGCAUGGUGUCCACUGACGGGUGCCCUGGCGACUGCAUGUGGUGAUGACGGAGUACGCGUGUUUAAGGAGGAUGAGACGGCUGACCCAGACCAGCCUGCUUUCUCCCUGUCUGCCCAUGUACCCAAGGCCCACACCCAGGAUGUCAACUGUAUUGCCUGGCACCCCAAGGAGGCUGGGCUCCUUGUCUCCUGCAGUGACAAUGGGGAGAUAGCAGUCUGGAACUACCAGUCUGGGGUCUGAGAACAUGUACAGUAUGUUGGGACUUCCAGAUCCAGUGUUUUAACAAUGCUGAAUUCACCUUGUACUGUCAAGGGUGCCAACAGCACUGAAAUUGUCAUGUAUGAUGUUUAUUAUUAAUCCCUCUUGCAAUAACCUGUUUUAAUGAGGUUAGAGUGGUUUUGAUUUCAUUAUACUGAUACCUGCCUGUGCACUUGUGGUUCAAAACUGAAUGUGGGCCCUAAAUGUCAUAAUUAUGUAUUUGAUUAACAAUACAAUACACACAUUCCAAUGGUGUUUUGUAAUAUCAAGAAAAUAAAAUUGUCAUAGCUAUUUAAUCAAGGGAUUCAGCACACUGUGUAGAUGCUAGAUAAAUGUUUCCAGAAACCACUUCUAUCUAGUAAGCGUUGAUUGAAAAAAAAUUCACCUUUUAUAUUAAUUGUUCAUAAAGAUGGUCUUCAGAUUUAUAUUAAUUUACAGUCAA